AUGUCUAAUCCGAACCUCCCUGUGAAACUGACUGAACUGCGUAAAGGCAGAGAAACGCAACGGUUCAAUCCUGAAUCUGGAGCCAGAAUGGUUGCUGGAUGUAUUUGUCUUGCUGAAGAUAAGGAUAAGGUUCUAAUGGUGCUGUCGAGCAGUCAUCUGGGAAAGUGGGUGUUACCUAAGGGUGGCAUUGAGACGGAUGAAGGUGAAGAUUUUGUGGUUACUGCUGUUAGAGAAACUUGGGAAGAAGCAGGAGUUGAGGGGAUCGUUUUAAAUAAGCUACCUGUGGUAUAUGAUCUGAGAGGUCAGAAGGCCCCGUCAUUGAAGCCUGGUGAGGAAUUUGAUCCUCAUAAGUAUGUUCCUAAAACGGAGUUUCAUUUCUAUGAAUUGUUAGUCACGAAAAUCAGUGAAGAUUGGCCCGAAAAGGAAAGGGAAAGGCGAUGGUGUACCUUCUCUGAAGCGCAACAUGAGCUUUUAAAGGCCAAAAGACCCGAGUUGGUAGCGGCGUUGGAACUGUCUGUCAUUGUUAAAGACAGCGAAUAUUAG